AUGUUGAAAGAAUUUAAACAAAGACUUUUCUUACCUCAUUAUGUUGCAAAUUUACUUUUCAUAUUACCAUAUUUGAUUAUCCGUUAUAUUCUACCAUAUGAUUAUUUAGAUAUUAGUAUCGAGCUACCGGAGAAAAGAAUUUAUAUGAUUUUUACAUUUUUGAUAUCAUUAAAAUAUAAAACAACAGGAAAAGUAUCUCAAAGUAGUAAAUUAAGGAAAAAGAAAAAUAAGAUUGAAGAGGAAAAUGAGGAAUACUGGAUAAUAUUUUGUUAUGUAUCAUGGAGCAAUGUUUGUAGAAAUUUUGAACCAGUUGUUGCUGAAACUUCCUUAAAAAAUAUAAACUUUGCAAAAAUUGAUUUAGAGAAGUAUCCAGCAGUAGCAGACGAAUAUAAUAUAUCAUUGUCACCAUCAAAUUUCGAUAUACCAACUUUACUAUUAUUAAAAAAUGGAGAUUUAAUUAGUAGAUUGCCUCAAGAUCCUGACACUAUUAUAAAUCAAAAUGAUCAAAUGAAACAACUUAAAAGUCCAUUAAUUAAAAAUAUUAAAGUUACUUGGGAUAGAUUAGGUUGGGGUCGAGACAUGUGGGAUAGUCGUGGUGAUGGUUCUGUUUGUUGUUCUCCAGUAUUGGUACCAUUAUUGAUUAAUGCUAAAUCUACUGGUCAAAGUUGUCGUUGA